AAGGAGUUGAAGAGCUUAUCACAUGCUCUUGUUUGGGGCAAUGUUCACUUUCACUUUGCUGAGACACUCCAGCAGAUUUUUGUCGUGAUGGCACUUGGGGCAGUGAGCCCACAAGGCUGAAGAACCAGCUCUGUGCAUUGUUGUGUGGUUACCUUUGAUCCUGCCUAGCAAACAAGCAAAGGGAAGAGGAAGAAAAGAAAGAAAGAAGCAUUAAAUCCGUGGCAUGCUGGCUCAGCACCUUUCACACCGUAAGCUUUGAACUGUGCACACAAUUUGUGCCCCUUAUCUGCAAUUCACGUUUGCAGCUAGCGAGAGCCUCCGUGUCAUUUCCCAGCCCGUGCUGCAACAAGCCAUCCUGGGAGCACCAUGAAUGCAAAAACCAGCUCUGCAGGCAAGGAAGAAGCCUCAGGGAUGAGGAGUGAGACCCUGGGAGAGGCCAAAAGGCGGCAAGUGAUCCGUGUUGCCUACGUGAUUGCAGCCCUAGAUCUGACCUUUCUCUUCAUGCAGAUGGGACUCGUGCCUUACUUGGCAAAGAGCCUAGGUUUGGAUUCAGUGGGGUUUGGCUAUCUCCAGACCAUCUUUGGUGUCCUCCAGCUCGUGGGAGGUUACAUUUUUGGAAGGUUUGCAGAUCAAUUUGGUGCCCGAGCAGCCUUAAUUCUCUCCUGUGCAUCUGGAAGCAUCUUCUUCCUGCUCAUGUCCCUCUCCACCAACAUCCCCCUCCUCUUCCUCUCCAGGCUGCCAGGGGUGUUCAUGCAUGGGAUACCAGGUGCUCAGAAGGUUAUCACAGAUGUGACCACUCCUUCCCAACGUGCUGUUGCUUUGGGCAAGGUGGGCUUUUGCUUUGGAGUGGGCAUCAUUGCUGGCUCUGCCAUGGGAGGUGUUCUCUCCACCAAAUUCGGUGUUUAUGUUCCUACAUAUGUUGGGCUGGUGGGAAGUCUCAUCAACACCCUGAUAGCAGUGAUUUGGAUCCCUUCUCAGACUAAACCAAAGUCAGACCAUCACAUGACAGAGCACAGCACAUCACAGUCUGGCAGCUUGUUCAGCAUCAGAGAAAUCCUGCGCCUGAUGAAGUUUCCGGGAGUAAUGGAAGUUUUCACAGUCAAGGUCCUUGCUGGAUUUCCCAUAGGUGUGUUCAUGAUUAUGUUUUCCAUCAUCUCUAUGGAUUUCUUUGGCUUGGAAGCAGUGGAGUCUGGAUAUCUGAUGUCAUAUUUUGGUGUCCUUCAAAUGGUUGUCCAGGGUUUGGUGGUUGGGAAGCUCGCUAGUCGCUGCUCAGAGAUGACCCUGCUCAGACUCAGCGUCUUCGUCUUUGCCGGCGUGGGCCUAGGCAUGGCCCUGAUGAGGACGGUGUGGCACUACUGCAUCAUCGCGGUGCCGCUGACGUUUGCCUUCAGCAUGCUGGCCACCAUCACCGACAGCAUCCUCACCAAGGCUGUGCCCUCCUCCGACACUGGUGCCAUGCUUGGGAUUUGUGCCUCAGUGCAGCCCUUGACCCGGACAGUGGGUCCAACCAUUGGUGGACUUUUAUAUAAACAAUUUGGAGUCUCCUCCUUUGGCUAUUUACAGUUAUUGGUCAAUUUAGGUUUGUUUGUUUACCUCUUGAAGAGUAAAAUCCCACUGGAAGAGAUGAAAAGCCAAUAAUACAGUUGCAAGAAAGUAACCCCCUUAUUUUUCCCAUAGAAAUAAAUUCUUGAGGUUUUUUUUGGUUGUUGUUCUGUAAACCUGGAAUAAAACAAUUUGAACAAUC